CUGCAGGCCCGCAGCCGCGCCUGACGCCCACAAACAGGUUCUCCCUCUUCCUUCCUUCUUCCUCAGUUCCUCUCAUUUCUUUCCCUUUUCCUUCCAACCUCGGUCCUUCUCCUCCUUUCCUCUCUUUCUUCUUUUCUGUGCGCCUGCCUGCCCCUGCCAUGGUGAGAGAUAAAACAAAAAAGCUAAACCGCCGGUUCAAACCGUAAACCGGCGGUUCGAACCGACGGUUCGAAACCGAAUGGGCAAGUCUAGGUCUAGCUUGAAGGCUGGACUGACGGUUGUCUUAACAACGAGGCAAAAACCAAAGGGUUUAGGGUAUCUUGCGUGAAAAUUUAAAAGAGCGAGCAUGGCGAACGCGAAGCCGGGGCGUGGGAGAGCGCGAGGGCGCCCAAGGAAGAAAACCUCAAACAAUUUUAGUGAGGAUGGUGAUAGAGGAAAAGGGAGGGCGGAAUCAGGUGAAGAAACUCGUGACUGGAAUGAUAUACCCGAGUUCUUCGUAAUCUAUAUACCUGCUGCGUGUUCUAAUAGCGUGAAAAUCCCCCUCGAGUUUCUCAAGAAAUUUGGAAGAAACAUACCCACAAAUGUCUUCUUGAGAGCGUCGUCUGAAGGGUCAUGGCAAGUUCAUAUGCAUCAACUUUGUGGACAGUGGUUCUUCGAAAAAGGCUGGCCAGAAUUUGUGCAAGAAAACUCAGUUGCAGAUGGUGAUUUUCUAGUCUUUUCUUAUCUCGGAAAGUCUGUGUUUUCUGUAAAAAUAUUUGCAAUAAACGGUUGCCGGAAGAGAAUUACUGAGACAAGCAUGGAUGAUGAAGAAUCUGUCGAAGACACACAAGUGGAAUCUGAAUCUGAAUCUGAAUCUGAACCUGAACCUGAACCUGAACCUGAACCUGAACCUGAAACUGAAACUGAAACUGAAUCUGAAUCUGACCCUGACCCUGAACCUGAAUCUGAAUCUGAAUCUGAAUCUGAACCUGAAAAUAGCGAUCAUAGUCGUGCUACGGAAAGAAAUGUCCCACCCGAAUCUCUGCCGAGAGAAACCAGGGGGAGCAACCCUUCAUUCUCAGUGAUGCUCACUAAAAACUGCAUCCGGAAAGGUUUCGUGCCAAUACCAAGAGAAUUCUGGAUGGUCCACAUGAGUCGACUUGAAUCGGCCUCAGGAGCCUCGGCUACAAUAUGGCUGGGAAAGGAGCCGUGGCGUGUGGGCCUGACGCUGGCUGCGAAAAAAAUCGGAAUCACGAGAGGUUUGGUGAAAUUCUUCCGUGAAAAGUCUGUGAAACCUGGGGAUUAUUGCAGGUUUGAGUUGAGGAACAAGAUUGGUCUCUCUUUCAAAGUCUCCCUUUCUUAGAUGAUGUGAGUUCAUCCUCUUCCCAUCUCCUCCUAUAGAUUUGGACGACGAAGAUAGAGAGCAGUGUUUAUAAUGUGUUAUAUUCAUCCAUUGGUUAAUUUUCAUGCAUGAAUUUGUUAAGAGUAUUAUAUGAUUGUUAGGGAAUGCAUUUCAAUUGUUUGGAUUGGAAUUUGGGGCUUUGUAAAAUUGGUUUUUAUUUUAUAUUAGUAGUAGUUUUGGGUUGGGUUGGGUUGGGUUGG